AUGAUAUACUUAUUUAUUCUCGUUGAUAAUAUUGAUUUGCAAACUAAUCGUUAUGAAUCUUCAAAAUGUCAGCAAUUUUCAGCAGUUAAAUAUAUAUUUGACCUGGCAUAUUGGCGUGGACUUAAUUUCAAUGAUCCUACUAAUCGGUCAUCAUGGUGUGAUAUUCCAGAUAAACUAAGAUUGAUUUCCAAUGCCAUUUGUCGAAUAUAUAACUUGGGCGAUUGUAAGCGUCUACCAUGUCGAAUGAUAUAUGCUUCACCAAGUACAUUGGAAGAUGUCAAGUGUAUGAAUGAUGGUCGAAGAUUGAAAAUUGAUGAUAAUGUUUCGAUCGAACAUCAGUCAAAUCUUCAAUGUAAACGUGGUUUUACGUUAGAUUUAUUUUUGAAAAAAUAUGAUAAUUCUGCCUAUCCAUCAAUCAUUGCUGAUCCAUUGAUUCCAAUUUCCAAAGAAUUAUACAUUGACGUAUUAUAUAAUAAUUUUCGUAGUUGUGAUAGUAUGUGGGGAUUCGUCUUUAAUUUUGAAUCAAUUAGUAAUUAUCCUUGGGCUGCUGAUAGUCAAAACCUAAAACUAUUUGAUAUAACUCUUGGUUAUGAUCGAUCAGUUUAUGAUCUUAUUCCAGCUCCUUGGCUAUUUAACUAUGUUGAACAGUUGACAUUUAACUCGAAAAGAUUAUCAAUAGAGAAAGCAAUGUCUAGUAAAAAACCAAUUCAUUCCAUUACAAUCUCAGAUAAUUAUUGGACCAAUACACUAACACUCUCGUCAAUGCAACAAGAGAAAAGCAAUACAUCGCAUGUAAGAGCUCCAAUUUUAUGGAUGAACAAUGUAGAUAAUUAUGGUACUUGCGGCAAUAAUAUUCGCAGUCUACCAGAACAUAUCGUCGAAAUUCAACGUUCGAUCAAUCGAGACUUAAAAGAUCGUGGUAGUUAUAAUUGGGAAGCAGGAAAAUUAACAUUAUCAAGUGAAUAUUUAUUUACCAUUGCUAUUGAGAACAGUCUUGGUUAUGAUUAUAUAACGGAAAAAUUAUGGCAUCCAUUGAUUGCUGGAAGUGUACCAAUUUAUCUCGGUGCACCAAACGUUGAAGAUUGGUUACCAUGCGAGACUGACUGUAUUAUUGAUUUAAGAAAAUUUAAAACGCCAAAAGAUGCUGCUGUAUAUAUAAAAAGUAUUGCAACGAACAGAACAUUGUAUGAAAGCUAUCAUCAAUGGCGAAAUCGACCUGUACGAAAAAAAUUCCAAGAUAUGCUCAAUUAUUUUCAGAAUAUUGGUGAUUAUAGUCUUGACUGCAUACUAUGCGAUAUGUCCAAUAGAGUCGGUCAAGGAGAAAACUUAAUUGAAAUAAAAAGAAGACUUAAGACAAAAAUUGGUCAUUUUUAA